AUUGCCUCCACACCGCACAGCUUGUUCUCAUCGGAACAAAACCAAUCACCAACUACUUCGGCAAAGUCUAUUCCAACACUAACCCCGAUGAAAGUUCGAUUUCAAGAUACAUAAUGCAAAUAGAACGGCCGAAAGCUGAAAAUAUGAGCAGCAGGGUGGAUGAUUCGGAGCUAAGGAAGGUCUUCCAGAUGUUCGACAAGAACGGCGACGGCCAGAUCACCAAGAAGGAGCUACGUGAGUCGCUCAAGAACCUAGGGAUCUACAUCCCGGAGGAUGAGAUGGACGCCACCAUGGCCAAGAUUGAUACCAACGGCGAUGGCUGCGUCGACAUCGAGGAGUUUGGCCUACUAUAUCGCUCCAUCCUCGAUGAAAGCGAGGGGCCUAACGGUGGCAACAUGGGCGAUGAGGAGGAAGCCAUGAGGGAGGCAUUCUGUGUCUUUGAUCAGAAUGGUGAUGGCUACAUCACCAUUGAGGAGCUGCGGUCCGUGCUGGCAAGCCUCGGCCUCAAGCAGGGACGCACCAUCGAGGAAUGCCGCCAGAUGAUCAGCAAGGUCGAUGCCAAUGGCGAUGGUCGCGUCGACUUCAAGGAGUUCAAGCAAAUGAUGCGUGGUGGUGGCUUUGCUGCCAUCGGCAGAUCAUGAGGAUUGACUUUAUUGCAUGGUAAUAUGGUUCACUGUGGUAUUAGUAGUUGUAGAUAAUUAAAUGACUUUGACAUGAAAAUGAUUCAUUGUGGAUUGUAUGCAUAUAUUCAUGAGUAUGAAACAACCAAUUUUUUCUUUUAAAAGUACG